AUGGAGAUCCCCGAGCAAAUCCGUCCGUUCUACGACGGUACUUUCUUCCCCGACCAUGGACGAGAUCACACCCUGGAGGAGGAGGACCCGGAGGCCUUUUUUGUCGCUCUGUGUCAUGUGCGAUCAAAAGGGCAGCCGCAACUGCUCCCGAUGUGCGGCUCCAUACUGUUCCACGGCUUGUCAGCAGAAGGACUGGCAGUAUCACAAGCUGGUCUGCAAACCACUUUCGAAAGAAACAAAAGCAAGCCGGAGUUCGUCUGGAUCAAGGAUGUGUGGACGGAGAUUGGCGAUGGUCACUUCCGGGAGAUCGACGACCUCAUCUUCAAGGACUCGAGCUGGAAGCCCAAAACCAUCUCGCCAACGACUUCGCAACAUGCAAUCACGAUCAACUAUUGCAUUCCGGACCGCCGAUGCGGUCGUGGUCUCAGCUUUAACAUCGUAUCCCGCCUCCGUCCUGUCAACGACAAAGGUCGCGGGAUUGAGGAUGCACCUCCCAACAUCAAGAUGAAUGAAUCCAUUGCCCGACUCUCGCCAGCUGGUCAUACUCUCGUCCAAUACGGCUCCGCCCUCGUCUGGCCCUAUAGCUACAAGAAAGGCACACCUUCUAUGAACGACCCCUACUGGCGACAACGCUGGUCUUUCAUGGAGCCCAAGGACUUCACAGCGCGAGACUUCCGCUCAGUCAUCGACUUUCUCCACACCUUGAAGCCCAACUCUUGCGUCGUCGACCCCGACCGCUUUGCACUCUACCGCAACUGCAGAAUUGUUUCUGCCGUCAAGAUCAACUGCAACGGUGACAUCGCCCGCUUCCAGCCCUUUCUCGCAAACGGCAUCUCCGAGCUUCCCCGGUUCGAAAACGUCAGCGUCCCGGCCGAGGUCCUCGAUCAAAACCAGUACAGCGCUCCUUGGGCCGAGUUCCUGGGUCUCCCCUGGAACGUCCAGGUGUGCCACACCAACGUCGACUUCUCCACGCAAGAGGAGCUUUCCAACGAGGACGCACGAUUUCUUGUCCAGGAUCGCUCGGUAAUGGCACGGUUUGGCCAGACACCCAUCCCGUUCCUGGCUAGGCCUUGUGAAGGUUCUCUCAUGGUCAUGCGCAAGGACGGCAAGCCGACCCACCGUCUGCAUGUCCAGUGGAUGACUGAAUACUUGGAAGAGGUCACGGCAGAGAAUGGAAAGCGUAUGAACCUCCUCGCGAUCAUCAUGGGGGGCGGUGCCACAGUCAAACCCGGAUGGAACGACUUCCAGAGCAGCUGGCAGACCUAUCUAGCGAAGCACAAGGGAUCAGAGGAAGGCGUACCGGACCCCUGGGGCUUGCAAGUCACUUAG